AGUUAUAGUUCCUUUUGUUAAAUGUUAUUGUAUCCUACCCAUAAAGAUAUCGUUCAUGAUGUUUGUACAUGAAAAUCAUUUAUUUAAAGGGCAAUGAAGCCAUCAAGCACAGUUUUAUGGCAUUGAUCAUUUGUUUGAUAAUUAACAAAAUGUAUACAAUAUAUAUAUAUGUUUAUUCACCUAAUGUAAGCCUGCAAAUAUUAUGGUUCGAUUAUAUUUUCAUUUUGCUCUCAGUUGAUAGCAAGAUAGUUAUCACAAAUACGGCAAAUGUGAGGUAACAAUGUCCGGACAUACAUGUAUCAGACAUAUCGUAUUGUUGAUUUGCAUAGUAACGGAUCAUAUAGAUGGCAAAUCCAAAGAUUAUGACUCAAGGCUCGCCGGCGGUGACGAAAAUUAUGGUCGUGUUGAGGUGUAUUACAAUGGAUCGUGGGGUCGGGUCUGUAACCGGGAAUGGGAUAUUACAGAUGCGAGGGUUGUGUGUAAACAACUUGGAUUUGAUCCGGCCGAAACCACAAUACCAGCACUGAGAGAUGAUCAUCUUCGCUGGUAUAAUUUUCACUUGCCGGAUGAGAACUAUCCCCAAUAUGGAAAAGGAUCUGGAAAUUUCACCUUAAACAGGGUCGAUUGUAACGGUACAGAAGAUCACAUCUCACAUUGCAAACAUUAUCCUUUGGGUCUAGACUGUAAAGAAAGGGACUAUAAAGAUGCAAUUGCCACGUGCAAGACGAUCGUCCGCCUCAGAUGGAAAAAUACCAAAUCGUCAGGAAGGUUGGAAAUCAAGAUACAGGGCAAAUGGAGAUCUGUUUGUUAUUCUUCCACGCUAGACCAGAGAGCCGCUAAAUAUUUUUGUAAUCUGUUGGGUAUCAAAUCUAAAAAUCCGUUUGUAUUUGGUAAUAGCUAUUUGGGAUCAAUCCAAAAGGAAAUGGAAACAUGGUGGGUUUCUUGGGCCUGUGAUGAUGGCUACUGUAGCAUUGAUAGGCCUCAUAUUACCAAAAGCCGGAAAACUUACCUACCUUGCACAACAAACCAAUAUGCCAGUCUGAAGUGCUUUAAUAAACCUAAAGGUGCUAUCCCAAAAUUAUAUCUUUCUGAAGGACCACAGCAUUCUGGCAUUUUGCAAAUGAAGAGAUUUGGCGUAUGGGGCAGUGUAUCAUUCGCAAGUCAAUACUACAGUUUUGGGGAAUUGUGGAGAACUAACAGAGCUGCUAAAAUUGUUUGUCGACAAUUGGGAUUUGAAGGAAAUGAAUUUGCAUACGAAACUAUUAACAAUCCACAAAGACAAAGGCCUACCGCUUUAACUUGGUUUUUUGAUGUGUUUUGCUACGGAAAUGAGAGCGACAUUACAGCGUGUGAUCACAUAAAAUGGGGAGAACCCAUUCAUGACGAAGUGAAUCCGAAUCCUGUCUUUGUCACAUGUAAGACCCCGCUGCAACUGAGGUAUAAGACAAAUUCUUACACUGGACAACUCUUUAUCUUUUUGGAUAGUUGGAGGCGAAUGUGUCUAAAAGAUUGGAACACACCUACAUUGAUGGUGGCUUGUAGAAGUCUCGGCUUGGAAUGGCGAUACCCAGAUGUAAUAGCUUCAGAAUCAGAUCCAACUCAUUCAAGUGGUGAGAGAUGGUAUAUAGAAGGCAAACGAUGUCAGGGUCACGAAGAGACAUUAUCCCAGUGUGUAUCAGCGCCAAUUGAUUCCUGUGCUUCUGUAACGUUGGAUUUGCUAACCUGUCGAAAUAAGAAAGAAGGGCUUAAAAAGCUGAGCGUACGGCUUCAACGAUUCACCCAUGGGGUAAUGACCCUACAGAUAGGAAAUGAUUGGCUACCUAUGUGUAAUAGUAACUGGAAUGAAGGAGGCGCAAUGGUGAUAUGUCGACAAUUGGGAUUCAAUCCCAAAAAUGGGCAAAACUUUGGAUCUUAUUUGGCUCGUCGGUAUGACUUUUCUAGUGUCAAUGAUGACAGACAGGAUUAUAGAAGAGUCAUAAUAACAGACAUGAAUUGUACAGGGAAGGAGGGGAAUCUAAAUGAAUGCACCUUUACGGAAUGGAAAAUUGUAUCUAUUGAAGGUGAUGCAAAUAUAUGCAGAUCGGUACAAAAUGGCGUGGAUAUGGGAUGCACAGAUAAAUCAACAAAGGCACGUUUGGUAGGAGGCCAUGACAAGUAUUCAGGGCGUGUAGAAAUAAAGAUUAGAAAUGAAUGGAAAAAAGUAUGUGAACGUUUUCUGGUAUAUAACAGGUAUGAGCCGGAUUCUGAGCAGGAAUCUCAAGCGAUUUGUGAAGAUAUCGGACGCCCACGACAAUAUGCAAGAUAUUACAAAUACAAUCAUUUCGAGAAAGGCACGCCCGCUACAGGAGUAAAAAUAUUUUGUAAUCGAGGUGAAAAGCUAGACGUUUGUACGUUUCAUGUGGCCGUAUGUUCCAACGAUGAAUAUUAUGAUUUUGGUGUUGCUUGCUUUGACCACGACCCAGGAUUACACGAAUUUCUGCAGCCUGAAGCAUUUGGCUACGAUUUCAAAGACACCAAUCAUAAAAGAAAUGGCCUUGUUACACUGAAUGGCAGAAAAGAGGACACGAUAUGUGGAGAUACAUGGACUAGGAAUGAAGCUCAAGUUGUAUGCAGACAAUUGGGAUACGACCCAAUCGACGCAACCGUUGACAAAUUCCCAUUUCUGCAGUGUUAUGGCGAGGAUGAGAUUAUAAUUAGCGAUGUCAAUUGUACUGGAGAGGAACGGAGUCUAGCAGAGUGUCAUUUCAACCAUGGUGAUAACGUAUCGUGUCCUGACGGUUCGAGAGCCGGUGUUAUUUGUGGAAAACUACCGAUAAUGUUAGAAGAAAAUGGUAGGAAGUCCAAGUUUAAGGGUAAAGUAAUGGUUCACCAUUUGGUAGACAGGUGGCCGACAUAUUCUGUAUGUGGAUCCGGGUGGGAUGAGAAAGAUGCAAGAGUGGCGUGUCGUCAGUUGGGAUUACAGUAUGCUUACGUCUACAUCGAUGAGCACUAUAGUGACGAUUCUGGAAAUGGUGCAAUGAUAACCAAUGUUAAUUGUAGUGGCGAGGAAACGCAUCUCGGAAAAUGUGAUUUUGAUCUGGACUUUUCUCUAUUAGAAUCCAAAGGUGAAUAUCAUCAUAUUUAUGGUUACUGCACUCGAUCGGAGUUCUUUGGAAGCCGUAUUGACUUUGACAUGGAUUUCAAUUUCUGUCACAACAGUGGUAGUGCUGGUGUUAUUUGCAAAUAGUUAACUGGACGAUGCAGGCGUCAAUGAAACAAUAAAACUAAAAAAUCGUUAUUAUUUUGACUAUUCAACAUGAGGAAAAUAAAUAAAUGCAAC